CUCUGAGAGGUUAUCAUUCUGAAGCCCUCAAGUACUCCAAAACUAUAUUUUUAAGAUAAGUGAUUAUUAUCCAAAGCUACUAAGAUGAAAGGAUUUGACUACAAAGCGUACACCGUCGGAAUCGUGUGCGCCAUAGAGUUUGAGAUGAGUGCUGUUCGCUUUAUGCUGGAUAAGGAACAUUCCCGACUGCCCAGAACGCCUGGCGACUCGAAUCUAUAUGUCCUUGGAGAGCUCAGCGGCCACAAUGUGGUCCUCGCUAGCCUUCCAGGUAGCCAGGGGAAGAGUGCGGCCGCAGCGGUCGCGAAUGAUAUGGCACGCACGUUUCCAUCGAUCGAGCUACGCUUGAUGGUCGGGGUCGGGGGAGGUGUACCAAGUGCAAAGAAUGAUAUUCGCUUGGGUGACGUCGUCGUGAGCAUGCCCGAUGGCCAGCAUGGAGGUGUCGUCCAAUACGAUUUGGCUAAGAAUACGGACAAUGGCAUUAUACUGAAAGGAUUCCUUUGGCCGCCACCCGAGAUUUUGAGAAGUGCUGUGGUAAUGAUGCGGUCUGAUCACAGACUAUCGCAGAGCAAGAUUCCUGAUUUCGUGUCAGCUAUGCUUGAAAAGAGCGAUGAUAUUCGAGACUCGUAUCAGCGGCCUAUGGACCCGGAUGAGCUAUUCCAGUCGGAAUAUCAUCAUUUUCCUCGACAAGCAACCUGUCAGGUCUGUGACAAAUCGAGACUGGUCUCUCGUCAGCACCGGAAGCCGAUUCCCAGGAUUCAUUAUGGACUCGUGGCCUCUGGAGAUCAAGUUAUAAGGAGCGCGUCAAAUGCUGCGGAAAUAGAUGGCAGGGUGGUUGGCGAUAUUCUGUGCUUCGAGAUGGAAGCGGCGGGCAUCGCGACGAAGUCCUCGUGCAUCGCCAUACGGGGUAUCUCUGACUAUGCAGACUCUCACAAGAAUGAGGCAUGGCAGUAUUAUGCUGCGGCAGUAGCUGCAGGGUGCGCCAAGGAGCUUCUUUCGUACGUGAGCCUGCCGCAGCCUUCCAUCAGCACUGAGACGCACGGUCGGCAUAGGUCUGCGUCUUCAGCCGGUAGCUCUCUAGCUACAAAGUCCAUAUUUCGCGGUCAAGGAGUUCAGAAUAUAGGGCCAGGCAAUAUCUCUGUAGGAAGGGAUAUGAAUAUCGGCAAAUAGACCCGCAGCGACGGACCUCCGGAGUUAAAAAUCAAUAGAAGUCAUGCGGCUGAAAGUCAUAAUCACCGGAGAAUAUAGUUGGAGAAGUCAAUGUCCUCGUUUGAGGGCUUGAACAGAUAUAAC